AGGGCUACAUAGAAAUAUCGCUCGGAGUCGGAGCAGAUCAUACGCGCAUAUUUGCUCCAAUGGGAGAUCAAAAGGCUGACAAGUUUUCUUCGUUGGCUCUUUUUUUUUGCAUGCGUGUGGAUCAUCAUCAAGAUAGAUAAUAGAUAUGAAUCAUGAAUGUAUAAUAAUAUCCGCUGCUAUAAAAAAAGACAGUAUGACAGAUAGAUAGAUACUAACAUGAUGCAGGGUCAACUCCCCUUCGCUAGUAGUUCCACCAUACUCAUCGUCGUCUACUAGAUAGGAGGAUCCCGUUUCCGACCCUUCCGAUCCAAUCAAGAACGGAGCAUCCACCAUGCAUGAACUUUCUCAAUUGCUUUCUCCUGCAUCGAUGAUCAGCUAAGCUUGUCUAGCAUCGAUCACGGGAGGCCCGAGGACGCCCUCUCAAGAAAUGGAGAGCGUCUUGGAGAAAAAGCUACAGCAUCAAAGUUCGACACCAAAAAAGUUGGACAUAAACUAUUUAAGAUCCAUCACGAAAAAUUUCUCUGAAGAUCAAAUACUUGGACAUGGUGGGUGUGGAAUAGUUUACAAGGGUGAGCGAGAAAACGGUGAGGUGGUUGCAGUAAAGAAGCUUAAGGUGGACAAUGUUGGAAAGGAUGACAAGCAAUUCAUGAAUGAGGUUAUACAUGCUAUGGAUAUAUGCCAUCCUAAUAUAGUAAGACUUGAAGGCUAUUGUUGCCACACUGAAAAGGAAGUAACGUUUCACGAUGGAUCUUUUGUUUUGGCCGAAGAGUUUUAUAGAUUGCUUUGUUUCGAGUAUAUCCCAAAUGGAAGCCUCGACAAGUAUCUUAGCGAUGAAUCUUCUGGGCUAGACUGGCAUGUACGUUAUAAUAUAAUCGAGGGAGUUUGUAACGGUUUGCACUGUCUUCAUGAGGGUAGAAACAUUCUCCAUUUGGAUCUAAAGCCUGCCAACAUAUUGCUGGAUGAGAACAAGAUACCCAAAAUUGCAGACUUUGGUCUGUCAAGGCUCAUUGAUGAAGGAAAAACCCAUAUUCACACAAAGAAUUUAGCAGGAACAUGUGGAUACAUGGCACCUGAAUACAUAGAAAGAUACGUUCUUUCGAAAGAGUCAGACAUAUACAGUUUGGGCGUUAUAAUAAUAGAGAUAGUGACAGGGGAAAGGAAAUACCCUGUGGGAACAAGUAACGAAGAAUUUGUUGAGGUGUAUGAGAAAUGGAGGAGAAGACUGCAGGCAACAAGGAACAAGACAUCACUGGAAGAAGAGUGUCAACAAGUAAACCAAUGCAUUGAAGUUGGGCUGAAAUGCAUGGACAACGACCCAAAGAGAAGGCCUAGUAUAAGAGAAGUAGUUCAGAUUAUUAAAAGAAGUGAAAAUAUAGAUUCAUGUUCAGUUACCACUAGAGAUGGAAAACAUAGGGAGGAAUCGGUAUAUUCAGAAUGGAGCGAAAAAAUUAAUAUCCUUGUGUUAGGUUCAUCUAAGCAGUCUAUUGAAGCAAUGGAAACUAUAUGCCAUGAGCUAAAAGGCCUGACAGAUGUGCCUGAAUACAUCAUUAAAGACGCUGACAGAUUGGUUUUGGACUUGACAAUGAUGGUUGAAAAAAGCUUCAACUUAACCCUUGCUGGGGCAUCUUCUAUGCAAUUGAAGCAUGCUUUAAAUACUCUCUUUCAGAUUUUUAAAGUCAGACAUCUUGCUCAAGCUAUGAAGGAAGGUACUUUAGAGAAACUGGUCACACAAAUUCUAAUAUGGAUUUCGAGUGAGACGGUUCUCAAAACGGAAUUGGAUGACGCCCGAGAACUACUUAAGGCUUUAAAUGUUUUGAUGCUUCACAUCUUGGAUAACGUGGACAGGACGUCCAUUUUUGUAAUUCUAAUUAAUUUAUUAUUUCCCUUUGACCCUUCAAGACGGCCAUCCUACACGCCAUUGGAGCUCCUUGCUGUCACAAAUGCGAAAAUUUUAGAUUUAGUUGUGAAAUGUUUAGUUAAACUGACCAAGGCUCUUGGGAGUACAAUUAACACCAUUGACCUUGAUCGCGUUCUUCAAAACAUUCACGUCUUUUUUCAACAACUAGGAGUGAGAGGAAUGGUGAGAAGGACUGGAACUUAUGACAAGCCACAACGAAUGAUUAGAACUAUAGUGCAUGAGCUUGUAAAGCUUCUGGAUUCAAAAAUAAAAGAUCAUCUUUCAUUGGUCCCUAUAGAUGCUGAACCUCGGCCAUUCAUUCUGGGAUUAAUUGACUUUGAACUUAAGGAACUUGCAAUGUCGGCGCCAUCUCUACCUAUGGACCCAACUCAUGGGGAUGCUGCUACAAUUAACAGUACAGAUACAUCCACCAAUUCAUCAUCACUGGAGUGUAUGGUUCUGAGCUUGGAAAAGCUGCCUAGACCAGACAACAACCCGAGAAGUACUAAUUUUGGUCGUACAAUUACUAAAUCGACUCUGGAGACAUCACUUCGCGCUCCUGAAAGUACUAGUAAUUUGGUAAUUCCACGCACAUCAGAGGCAGUCGAAUCCUUUGCCGUAACGUCUCUUGCGGCGAUAGGGCGCUGACAUGCAGAGUCGGUCUGGAUCUGGCGGCCCGAACAUUACGGCAGAGGAAAUGCUUCCACAUCAGAGAUAUGGUGGCUUUAGUCUCCUUCUAGGGAGCCUUAGUUUUUCUUUUACCAAUAAUUUCAGAUGGCGCUCAGUGAAGAGAUGUCACACAUGAGUCUCAAGACAGACAAGGAUGCUGCCGACGAGAUGAGCUCAACUUCGUCGUACGGAAGAGAAAUGCCCUAAAUACACGUUGGGUCUUUGGGGUUAACAAUAGCUUAACUGUUUGUGAUUUCAGCGUGUCACCGUUGGCUUGACACCUUUUCCCCUUUAACUCCAUCACCAAUGUCCUGUCGAUUUAUUGAUGAUACCUCUCUAGAACGUAUAGUGAUUGAUUACUUUGAGCUAUGGAACUAUCCCAAAUUCUGGGCUUGUUGUUUGGUUGGUUUGAUUCCAUGAUUAUUUGUGUGAAAGUCUGAAUCUACACCUGAUCUUGCCUUCCUCA